AGGAAGUUCAACUGGUGUCGAACGGAUGUAUCCACCCGUUACAUAGGCCUGAAUUCCGGAAAAAAUGAAGCGUCUUACGGAGCGAGUGCAUCACGAGAAGACCGCGGAUUCCGAGGAGGUGGUCUGGGUAAAGCGGGAUGACGCCCGCUCUGACAGCAAGCUGCCCAUCGUCUACUCCAGGGAAUAUGCAGUGCGAUUCGCUGGCCUUGAACGCCUGCACCCCUUCGAUGCGGCCAAGGGCAAGCACAUACAGCAGUUCCUGUGCGCCGAGCUCCAGCUAGACGACGGCAGCUUCUACGAGCCCAAGGAGCUGAGCAAGGACCAGCUGCGCCGCAUACACACUAGGGGCUACCUGAAGUCGCUCAAGUGGAGCAUGAAUGUGGCCUGCAUUGCCGAGGUUCCGAUCAUGGCUUUCGUUCCGAAUCGCUACAUCCAGCGGGCCUAUCUCCGUCCGAUGCGCUUCCAGGCGGCCGGCUCCAUUCUCGCCGGCAAGCUGGCCCUGGACUACGGAUGGGCCAUCAACCUUGGCGGCGGAUUCCAUCACUGCUGCUCGACCAGAGGCGGUGGAUUCUGUCCGUAUGCAGAUAUAUCGCUCCUCAUUGUCCGGCUGUUCGAACAGGAGCCCUUCCGGGUGCGCCGCAUCAUGAUCGUAGACCUGGACGCCCAUCAGGGCAAUGGCCACGAGCGUGACUUCAGCAACGUGGCCGCCGUCUACAUUCUGGACAUGUACAAUGCGUUCGUCUAUCCGCGGGAUCACGUGGCCAAGGAGAGCAUUCGCUGUGCGGUGGAGCUGCGCAACCACACAGAGGACGCCUACUAUCUGAGGCAGCUGCGCCGCUGUCUAAUGCAGUCCUUAGCCGAGUUCCGUCCCGAUGUCGUCGUCUAUAAUGCGGGCACCGAUGUGCUCAAGGGAGAUCCGCUUGGCAACUUGGCCAUUACGGCGGAGGGAGUGAUGGAGCGUGAUAGGUUGGUGUUUAGUACAUUCCGGGCAUUACGCAUCCCGGUGGUGAUGCUGCUCAGUGGCGGCUACUUGAAACAAUCUGCAGGCGUUAUAGCCGAUUCCAUUGUCAAUUUGCGUCAGCAGGGUUUGCUAGUCUAAAGUUGGAUAAGGAUUUUGUAUUGUAUAAUAUACAAAGGUAGUACAAAGCUGAGAAUUACUGGAGUAUUAAGAAAACUCUACCUAAAACGGAGAGUUUUCAGAUGAAGAUGGACUUGUGUAACCGAGAGCUGUGAAAGGAAUACUGAAUACUGGUUUAUCUGGCAAUAAAACACUUGCUGUACACCUUA